AUGGAUUUAAGUUUCAACAAUUUAAGUGGUCCACUUCCACAAACAUUAAUGAAUUUGACUUCCCUCAUUUCCUUAUUUCUUGGAAAUAAUAGCUUGUCUGGUUCUCUUCUUCCUGAAAAAAGUGUGAAACUUCAGAAUAUAGAUUUGUCUUACAAUGAACUUUCUGGAUCUUUUCCUCUGUGGGUGAUUCCGUCAUUUGGAUCGGUUAAGCCGCAAUUGAAUUUGGUGGCUAAUAACUUUAAGUUUGACAGCACAAACAUAAGUAUCUUCCCAGGAUUAGUUUGUCUUCAACGAGACUUUCCUUGCAUUAGGAACACAACACCUUAUUUCAGCUUUGCAAUAAAUUGCGGAGGUUCAGAUAUGAAGUCCAUGAAUAACAUACAAUUCGAUGCUGAAAAUGCUACAUCACUUGGUCCCGCUUCCCAUUUUAUACAAGAAGAAAAAUGGGCUGUGAGCAAUGGGGGAAUUGUAACUGACAGAAUUAAUAAUGACCCUUCAUUCAUACAAACCACAUCAAUCCAAGUCAACAACACAAGAUACCCUGAGCUUUUCACAACUUCAAGAAAAUCUCCAGGGUCCCUUAGAUACUAUGGUUUAGGCCUUCAAAAUGGUCCUUACACCAUAACCCUUUUCUUUGCUGAAACUGUUUUCAAUUUAAGCACGAGCGUCUGGAAGGGUCAUCCCAGGCGUCUCUUUGAUAUUUACAUCCAGGGAAAUCGCCGACAAAAGGACUUUGAUAUAUCAAAAGAAGCAGGAGGCACUGGAAUAGCCCUAGAAAAGAAUUAUGAUGUUUCAGUGACACAAAAUCAUAUUGAAAUCCAUCUUUUUUGGGCUGGAAAGGGGACUUGCUGUAUACCUGAAGAGGGAGAUUAUGGUCCUUUAAUUUCUGCCAUCAGAGUUACUCCUGGUUUCAAAGUGAAGGGUAAUUCUUCAAAUAAAACUGGAAUGAUAAUUGGUAUCAUAGCUGGCGUGGGAUCUUUCUGCCUUGUUUUCUUAGUUUUUGGUUUAUUAUACUUGAAAAAGAGAAGGUCAAAAGAUAGGGAAGAAGAAGAUAUUUUUGGAAUGGGGCCCAAAAUAAAUACUUACACCUAUGCGGAACUGAGAACUGCAACUUCAGAUUUCAGUCGUUCAAAUAAACUUGGUGAGGGCGGUUUUGGACCCGUUUACAAGGGGAUAUUAAAUGAUGGAAAUAUAGUAGCUGUGAAGCAACUAUCAGUAGCAUCCCACCAUGGAAGGAGCCAAUUUAUAACUGAAGUUUCAACCAUUUCAUCUGUCCAACACUGUAAUCUUGUGAAGUUACAUGGUUGUUGUAUUGAAGGAGCUAGAAGACUUCUUGUUUAUGAGUACCUUGAGAAUAAAAGCCUUGAUCAAGUACUCUUUGGGAAAACCGAUGUCCGCCUUGAUUGGCCAACACGUUUUAAUAUAUGUUUAGGAACAGCAAAAGGAUUGUCUUAUCUUCAUGAAGAAUCAAGGCCUAGAGUUGUGCAUCGUGAUGUGAAAGCAAGCAACAUCUUACUUGAUGAAGAAUUAUGCCCCAAAAUAUCAGAUUUUGGAUUAGCAAAACUUUACGAUGAUAAAAAAACCCACAUCAGUACCCGGGUCGCAGGAACUAUUGGCUAUCUUGCACCGGAGUAUGCAAUGCGUGGGCAUUUAACAUCAAAAGCUGAUGUUUUUGGAUUUGGAGUUGUGUGUCUUGAGAUUGUUAGUGGGAGGCCCAAUUAUAAGGAGAAACUGGAUCCCGAACAGAAAUAUCUUCUGCAAUGGGCAUGGACGCUAUACGAAAGCAACCAAGCUCUAGACCUCAUAGACCCAUCUUUGACAUCAUUUGAUGAGCAACAAGCUAUUCGUAUGAUAGGAAUCGCCCUCAUGUGUGUUCAAGCAUCACCAUCAUUAAGACCUGCAAUGUCACGUGUAAUCGCAAUGCUUUCAGGGGAUAUUAUCAUCAGUCCAGUCAGAACAAAACCAAGUUAUUUAACCGAUUGGGAUUUCAAUGACACCACCGAUAGUUUUUAUGAUGAAGAACCGAUUUCGUCUGAAACUGCAACCAUAGCAACAAAUACAACUACAUCAAUGGGUCUUGAGUCGAAUCCAUCGCCUAUAAUGUUGGAGCUAUUGAACGAUGGGAGUUAUGAAAUCCCAAAACAAUUUGUGAAUUCUGGAAUCGAAGAUUUUGUCGAGUUUGUCAAAAGCGGUCAACUUAGGAACAAGAGACCAGUGCAUGUUCCCUACCUACACUGGCUUGGGUUGAUCUUGUCUCGUGAAGAAUCCUGUGUUGAAAGUUAUGGGAUCAUCAUUCCUAUUCCCGCUCUUUCCUCAAAAAUCAUCAAUGCUUCCCCAUCUAUGGAUGAUCUAUCUAUUACUACAAGGAUGAGAAAGUGGAUUGAAAAUCCCUAUGUGGUUGAAUCCUUAGACUCUGAAGAGGAUAAUGACAAUGAUGAUGCUGGUGAUGAAGAAGGUAAUAAUAAUGAAUAUUCAGAAGCUGGUAAUCAAAAAGGAGCUAAUAAGGGAAAAGACACUGAUAAAGAUGAAAAUACCUCAGCAGCUGACAUGGGAGAUGACUUCAUUUAG